GUGGUGGUCUCCGGAGUGGUGGUGGUCUUUGGAGUGGUGGAGGUCUCCGAAGUGGUGGAGGUCUCCGAAGUGGUGGAGGACUCCGAAGUGAUGGAAGACUCCGAAGUGGUGGAAGACUCCGAAGUGGUGGAAGACUCCAAAGUGGUGGACCCCGAAGUGGUGGAGGACUCCAAAGUGGUGGACCCCGAAGUGGUGGAGGACUCCGGAGUAGAGCUGGACUUUGGAGUUACUGAGGAAACUGGAGUAGUGGUAUCUGAAGCGGUGGCAUUUGAAGCGGUGACAGAGGAAACUGGAGUGGUAUCAGUGGAAAUCAAAGCCGCAGAAGAGCUCACCGCAUUCCUUGCACUAUCGGAGCUAGAGCUGGCAGUUUCCGUAGUAAAGGCACCUUCAAUAUCGGAAAGAUAA